AACAAAGUCUUCAAACAACAACAACAACAACUCCUUCAAUUUUCUCUCUUCUCCUCAGUUUUCAAACAACAACAAGAGCAAUUCACUCAUCUUCACUUUAGUACCUGAACAUAUUUAUCAAGAAACCAUGGAUGAAGUUGAUGUUCCUUCAUACUUUCUCUGCCCAAUCUCAUUGGAAAUCAUGAAGGAUCCAGUAACAGUCACCACCGGCAUCACCUACGACAGAGAAAGCAUUGAGAAGUGGCUAUUCUCCAAGAACAACACCAAAACCAUCACAUGUCCUGUCACAAAACAACCACUCUCAGAUUGCAGCGCAGAUCUCACCCUCACACCAAACCACACCCUCCGCCGCCUCAUCCAAGCCUGGUGCACCAUGAACGCUUCUCACGGCGUUGAAAGAAUCCCAACACCAAAGCCUCCGGUCAACAAAACCCAGAUCUCAAAGCUUCUCAAAGACGCUUCUCGUUCUCCCCUGAUGCAAAUCAAGUGUCUGCAAAGACUCAAAUCCAUCGCUUCCGGAAGUGAAACAAACAAACGAUGCAUCGAAGCUGCUGGGGGUGUUGAGUUUUUAGCCUCAAUUGUCAUGAACAGCAUUGAUUCUGCAGUUACUUCACCAGAGGAUAAUGGUUUUGAGCUCAGAACAAGUGCAGGGGAUGAAGCUUUAAGCAUUCUCCAUCAUCUGAAUCUAUCAGAGCCCGGGUUGAAGACUCUGUUAUCAUUCAAAAACGGAGACUUCAUCGCUUCCUUGACAAGGGUUAUGCAAAAGGGGUUCUUCGAAUCACGAGCCUACGCAGUUUUCUUGCUGAAAUCCAUGUCUGGAAUUGCAGACUCAGUGCAACUGUUCAACCUUAAGACUGAAUUUUUCGUGGAGCUAGUGCAAGUUCUGAGGGACGAGAUUUCUCUGAAGGCAACAAAAGCAACAAUUCAAACACUGAUUCAAGUUUGUCCUCUGGGGAGGAACAGAGUCAAAGCGGUGGAUGCAGGCUCUGUCUUUGUCCUAACAGAGCUUCUUCUGAAUUGCAAGGAAAGAAAGCCCUGUGAGAUGAUGCUGGUGCUGCUGGAUUUGCUGUGCCAGUGUGCUGAGGGGCGUGCAGAGCUUCUGAGCCACGCGGCGGGGCUCGCCGUUGUGUCGAAGAAGAUUCUGCGGGUUUCGACGGUGGCGAAUGACAGGGCAGUGAGGAUUCUGCUCUCUGUGUGUAGAUUCUCUGCUUCUCCGAGUGUUCUUCAGGAGAUGCUGAAGCUUGGGGUGGUGGCGAAGCUCUGUUUGGUGCUUCAGGUGGACAGUGGAAGCAAGGCGAAGGAGAAGGCGAGGGAGAUUCUGAAAUUGCACGGAAAGGCGUGGAGGGAUUCUCCAUGCAUACCAAGCAGUUUGCUCUCUGCGUUUUCAGCUUUUGCUUGAAAUUGGAGUAAUUUUGUGGCGUUUUUUGUUUUAGACGACAUUUUUCUGUCUUAUUCUUUUCAUGUACAGAAUUAUUGGAAAGAACAAUUAGGAGUAAGUAAUUGACUUAUUGAUACGGGCUUCAACUAUUGCCCUAAAAUGUAGAGGUUGGGUAGAUAUACUUUGUGAAGUUUUCAGGAUUCAAUUUAACAAGAACUUGAGAUUUGAAACA